UUGACUGAAUCCGAAUGAACAUUUUUUUCUUUUCUUCUUUUGAUCCGCGAGAAAGUGGAAGCUCCAAAUUUUGGUCUCAGUUUUUUCCAGAAAACCCUAACCAUUCCAAUGUGGUAUCCCAAUUGGCUCCUGCAAUUCAAUGACGCGCCGCUGCAGUCGGAUUCCGUGAUCUGCGGUUAAGAUUCUAUCGUCAUCAAUUCAAUUUUGUUGUGAAUUGAAUUCUUUAGAAAUGGAACACUAUGAUUUGCAAAGACAGAGAAGGGAUAUGAGAAACAAAGGAAGGAACGUUGUGUGGUCAGUUGCGAUGGAUAAGUGUCUGAUUGAAACCCUGGCAGCUCAGGCAAAAGGUGGAAACAAAAUUGACAAAUGUUUCAAUGAAAAUGCCUACACGGCUGCCUGUGUAGCAGUUAACACUCGCUUCAACUUGAGUUUGAAUAAUCAGAAAGUUAUCAACCGCUUGAAAACAAUUAAGAAGAGGUAUAGAGUAAUAAAAGAUAUACUAAGUCAGGAAGGUUUCUGGUGGAACCCAAGUAAAAAGAUGAUCGAGUUUGACAAUGCUGAGCUUUGGAAGAAAUACAUUGCAGCACAUCCCGAUGCAAAAGGAUUCCAUGGAAAGCAGAUAGAGAUGUACGAUGAGCUUAAAAUUGUGUGUGGGAAUUAUCAAGCUCCUAGUCGUUGGGCUAAGAUGAAGAAUGGAAGCAAUGUAAUGGAUAUGAAGAAUGGUGAGGAUGAAUCAGUCUCCUUUGUUUCUCCUAGUUCAGAAGAGGUGAGCGAGACCGCUGGAACCGAAUCAUACACUGCAUCUCCAGAAUUUGGCCAGAUGCCAGAUGGUUUUCAAGAACCUCCCGUGAUCCAGCCUGUAAGACAACUUCCAAAACGACCUCGUGCCUCAGAUGCUCUUCAAGAUGCAUUGUUGACAGUGGCAUCAAGCAUCCGACGUUUGGCUGAUGCACUGGAGCAAAGCAAAUGCUCAUUUGAUGCAAGUGCGUUAUUACAGGCCGUGAUGGAGAUCGAUGGGUUAGAAGAAGAUAAACAGAUGUAUGCAUUCGAAUAUUUAAAUGCUGAUCCUGUCAAAGCCAGAGCCUUCCUCACAUACAAUGCAAGGAUGAGAAAGACAUACCUGUUUAGACAGUUCUGGUGGUGGAGGUGAGGUUGAACAGUGCCUUGAAAGUUUUUUGUUGUAUAGAUGAUCUGGGGACUGUUUCACAGAUGUAUUAUGUUUGAGAAUUUUUUUAGUGAUGUAUUGUUAGGAUAAUUGAAUGUAUAGAAUCGUAACAGUGAUAGUAGAUAGCCAUAUGCCGGAUAUAUUAGAAACAUUGUCCCUUCAAAUAGCCAUGGCCAUUUGAAAGCAGGGCAAAAAAGAUGAAAAACUGUGCACACCACAUGUAAUAUGAUGCAAAAAUAUAGUGGCAUGACUACUAAUAAAGUGAAAAAA